AAAAGGGUCACGAUUUAUGUCAUAUUUUUCUGCACCCCAAAACGACCACUCUUCGAACAGUCAGACGGAAUGAUCGAAAAGGUGCAUGUUUUGGGUGGUUUUUCCUCGGGUUGAGGCUGGGUUCGAUUUCGUGCCGUGGAAAGUUUCGUGGUGAUUUCCCGUUACCUAGGUGUGGUUACCCGUGGGGACUACUGCUGCCGGAACGAUGGUGAUGGGGCCUCAGGUUGUUUGCUGAAGGCUGGUGAAAAAAAUGUGGAAAAGAACUGAAUCCGCCGAGACGGACAGUGGAAUAGUACUGUAGCUCUCUGUCGUGAUGGGAUAUACAACAGCCUUGAAUAUCGAUUUUGUGUAAAUCCCAAAUCAGACACCAUGAAUCCUUCCUUAGGACAAGGAUUGUGAUUUGUAAAGAAACCUUACAAAACUACAUUAAAAUCAGCAAUAAGUAAGAAAAGAAAAUCGUCAAAAAGUACCAAAAAAUCCAGCUCCGAAAAAAUACCCAGGCCAGCCUCCCCCGUAGAAUGAUGGAGGCCACCGAGAAUGGUGGCGGAGGAGGAGGGGGUGGUGGAGGCGGUGGAGGUGGUAAUACGUCGUACGAACCGCUCGAGGGCACCAGGCGGGCCUUUGACACUUCGGACAGUCCGGAAAUGGACGGAUGUAGCGGGGGCGGAGGCCCACCCCAGGACCGGCGAAAGCUGGUCUUUUUUGCGCUGAUGACGGCCGGCGUUGGCUUUGUGCUGCCCUAUAACAGCUUCAUUAUUGCCGCCGACUAUUGGCAGUCCCGCUUCCCGGGCCAGUCGGUCGCACUGGACAUGUCGAUGACGUACAUCAUCGUGGCGCUGUGUACGGUGCUGUUGAACAAUGUUUUCCUUUCGCUCGCACCCUUCCGAGUGCGUGUCGCAUUUGGAUACGCGGUGUCCUUCACCACGCUCGUCUUUGUGGCCCUGUGCGAAGUGGCUUGGCACAUGUUCACCGCCAAUACGGCGUACUCGGUCAACCUGGCCGCCGUCUCGCUGGUGGCGAUGGGCUGCACCGUUCAGCAGUCCAGCUUCUACGGGUUCGCCAGCAUGCUACCUAAGCAGUACACCCAGGCGGUGAUGGCCGGCGAGAGUAUUGCCGGGUUCUUGGUGUCAUCGAACCGGGUGGUCACAAAGCUUCUCAUCAAAAGUGAUCGCGCGUCAACGGCGAUAUUUUUCCUGACGUCGACCGUGUACAUCGCGUUCAGUUACGUGCUUCACUCGAUCACGACUCAUUCGCCGUUUGUGCGAUACCAUAUGAAGGCUUGUGCCAAAAUAGUGCUGCGACCUGACGAUGAACAUACGCUGAGUGACACCAUCGAUGGGGAUCUAGCGAGUGCUCGAUACGGAGUGUUGGCGCUGGAGUCCAGCCCUCCGGUGCACAUUCCACCGGGAACCACAACGCUGAGCUUUAGUAAUCCCGUGUACGAGCUGUCGAACCCCAGCGGAGGGGAAAGCGUGCUGGAAACCAACAUCAACAAUUUGACGUCGACAACGACGAGCGUUACGACCAACACCACCAACCGGCCCGUAACGUCGCCCACCUCGGCAACGGGGUCAUCGCACGAGGUGCCAAACGUGGCGUUCAAGGUGGAACACGUGAUGACGCCGGACAUUUGCAGCUCCAGCCGGUUGGGCAGCUUUCGCAGUGGGCUGGAGUCCCGGUGGAAGGUAGCGCACGCUAUCUAUCCGUACAUGGCGUGCAUCGCUUUGGCGUACUGCGUUACACUUUCCCUCUAUCCGGGUAUCGAAUCGGAGAUCAUCUCCUGCAAUUUGGGCACAUGGAUGCCGGUGCUGCUAAUGUUCACCUUUAACACUUCCGACGUAAUCGGAAAGCUGCUGGCAGCCGUUCCGUACAACUGGUCCCGCCGGCAACUGAUACUGAUGUCCGGCUUGCGAGCACUGCUGGUUCCGUUGAUUUUGCUGUGCUGUUCUCCCCGAGAUCAACCUGUAAUUGCUGGAGAAGCGUCAGCUUUCGUCUUCACGGCAGCUCUCGGAAUCACCAAUGGCUUGGCUGGCAGUUUGCCAAUGAUGUUGGCACCGGACAAGGUUUCGGCUACGCUUAAGGAGGUCACCGGCAACAUGAUGACACUUUCGUACAACAUCGGACUUACGGCGGGUUCGUUGGUGGGGUACGUUUUCGAGUCCAUGCUGGGUGCUCAGCUGCCCAAUCCGUGUCCCCAGUAUCCGUUCGUUCCACCGAAGCCCAACCAACCGCCGUUCAACAACCUUAGCUUAAGUAGCAGCACUACCAGCACGACGACGGCCGUAGCUGCCGUUCUGACGACACUCUCGUCGGCGAUACUUCAGUCGAGUACGUCAACGGUAUCGCCCGACACCACAACCAGCAGCAUAUCCUUUCCCGUGGCCACUUCAACGCUGGCGCAGUCAUCCUCAGUAUUAAACCCGCUGCUGCCAACCGGGGCGGACGUCGAGACCAGCACCAGCGGUCUGGACUCCAACAAUCUGUUGACCCUGGCGACCACGUUGGCAUACAACGCCACCCAGUCCCUGCUAGAGGCUUCCACUGCGCGCUGAACCUUGACUCAACAGAGCGAAGCUACACUUCCCCGAGUUCGCUAGAGAUCCGAAAUUUGAAGCCGCAGAGUAGAACUUAGAAGAGCUUUAACUACAAUACCCAUUUUGUUUAUUUCUCCAUUAUCUUCACUAAGUUAUCGAUGUAUCUCAUACUCUUGUAAGACAACGUGCUGUAAGCGUAAUAGACAACAACUCUUGCAAACUUUGAUACUAAGAACUAAAACAAUCUGACUGUUCCCAAUUGCGAAUCCCUUUUUGCAAACUUUCCCAACUUCAUUUCCGUACUAAGAAGGAAAGCAGCAGCUAGGAACCGACUUACCCGAGUGACGAAACUUGCGAAGUAAGCAUGACUUAAGUUUUGUAUAAAAAUAUACAUAAAAGAGUAAUGUGUAGUAAUACUCCUACUAGUACGAUAGUAAUAACUGUGUAUGUGAGAACGUGAGGACAUGUGAUGAGAUCAUUGCUACAGCAAGCGAGAUAUAGGAUAAGUGUUGAUGUUUGAUUGCAUUGUGGAAUCAUGUGUAAAAGUAAACUGAAGAUCAGUCACACACGUAUUAAGCCAAGCGAAACGAGAGACAGUCUCAAAGGAUAGGAGCGAGCAUUGAGCACAUUAGGUAGAUCUUGUAAAACAAAAUAAAACUUUGGUCGUAUGCAGCAAAAAGCAAAACAGCAUAUUUAUGUAAAAACAAAGGAAAGUAGUCGCUGUAGGAGCUUUACAUGGAUGGACACAACAGCUCUCGUGACGAAAUCAAGCAAAAUUAAUAAUAAAAUAGUAUAUUUUAAUCUACUAAA